AUGACAAAAUUAUAUAUAAAACAAAAAGUAUUCUCUUUUGGUGAGAAAUAUAAUGUAUAUGAUGAAUUUAAAAAUAAAAAAUUUUAUUGUGAAGGUUCUGUUUUCAGUUGGGGUAGUAAAAUAAAAAUGUUUAGCCAAGAUACAAAUCAAUUAAUUUUUGUAAUUAGACAAAAAGUUAAAUUUUCAUUUUAUAAAAAAUAUUUUAUCUAUGAUGGUAAUGAUAACCUUUUGGCAACAGUUAAACAAAAAUCAUUGUUUAAACCAAAAUUAGAAAUCGUUUUAAAUGAAAAUGAGCAAUACACAUGUAAAGGUGAUUUUUUUAGUUAUAAUUUUCAAAUCUUAGAUGAUGGUCUUCCAAUUGGAAGUGUUACAAAGAGAGUAUUAUCAUGGGGUGAUACAUAUAUGUUGGAUAUAUCAGAGAAUUUCGAACCAUCCUUCUUUGUUGCAAUUGUUAUUACAAUUGACGAUUGUGUUCAUAGAGAAAACAAUGGAUAA